CUUCUAAAUAUACCACUACACGCUUGGUCUCACUCAUUAUGAAACUGAAAGUUCGGUGUGUCUGUAUUGUUUUGUUAGAGCAUCAAACAUACAACCAAUUCGGGACACGAAAGCACAGCGAAAUGAUUCAGGUUUUGUUGGUGGCUGCCUUGUUCACCUGGGGUGUGUCGACAGGAACUCACUCCCUAUUCUUCUUUUACACUGCCGUCUCGGAAGGGGUUCCUGAGUUUUUCGCUGAGAGCAAGGUGGAUGACGUGCAGAUAUUUUACUAUGACAGUAGCCAUGGGCAAGUGAUUCCACGACAGGACUGGGCGAAUGAUUCUGCACAUCCACAAUACUGGGAGAUCCUGACUCACAAUUUCAAUGUGUCCCAGCAGACCUUCAGUGAGAACGUGAGAACCCUGAUGAAGCAUUCCAACCAAACCAAGGGUACUCACACGGUCCAAAUGAUGUAUGGAUGUCAGCUGAAUGAAAAUGGGACAACCAGGGCCAUUAUGCAGCUCGGGUUUGACGGGGAGGAUUUUCUCACCUUUAAUAAGGAAACGUUGAACUGGACAACCACUGUACAGCAUGUAGUCCCCUUCCAGGAGGAGCGACAGGCCCAGGAAGCCCAGAAUCGACAGGUGAAGCUCUAUUUGGAAACAACCUGCAUUGAGUCAUUGAAAGUGUUGCUAAAACAUGGCAAAGAGACCCUGGAGAGGAAAGCUAUUCCUGACAUGGCACUGACAGAAAGGAUAAAUGAGAGCAGUACAGUGACAGAGGUCUCCUGCCAUGUAUCAGGGUUUUACCCCCCAGAGGUGGAGGUGCGCUGGGUUAGCGACGGGCAGAGGCAGCUGGAGGACUCAGUGCAGAGCGGGAUGCUGCUGCCUAACCAGGACGGAACCUACCAGCUCCGGAAGACCCUAAUGUUGUACCCUGAGGAGCUCCGCAGAGACAACUACUUCUGCCAGGUGGAGCACAGCAGCUUCCCCAACACCAGGAUCCUGAAAUGGGAGCCCCGUUUCGACAGUGAUAAUGGAGGGCCCAAUGUGUGGCUCAUUGCUGUAGUGUGUGGUGUUGGCAUCCUCCUGGUUGGUUUAGUUCUAGGGGUUGUAUGGAUGGUCAGGAAGAAGAAAAAUAACCGCAGGAACUCAGCCACAGUUUCAAAGCAACAGGAGACCAGUGAAGCCCAGGAAAUGUUAUAUGUGUCCCCGCACUGAAUGGAUUAAUCCCAGAUUUGCAGUGUUGAAAUAUUACUAUGUUCAAUGUAUACAAAAAUAUUGCAAUACUGCCCUAUGCUUUUCACUCUAUGGGCCCUAUUUGCAAAGCUAUAACAAAAGAUAUUCAGAGUUAUUGAAUAAAAUAGAGUUAACUACUGCAUAACAAGAGUCUUCCCUACUAAGUACAUCCUUAGACCAUAUCAUUUCACAUUUUUUCAAAUUUGUAAUCAAAUAUUAAUUCUAUAUAAACAGAAUGACAUCACACUUGCAUUGCAGUUUUAUUAACGUGUGUGGUAGGGUGCCCCGCCCCUGUGUGUAUUUUGUGUUUUAUGUUUUGUGUGGUGUGUUAUUGUUGGUGUGUAUGUAUUGGUGCACAGGGUAUAAGGUGGGCUGUGUAGCACAAGUGUUUUAAAUGAUAUAGUUGUAUUUAGGCACAGGGAUUGCACAAUCACUUCACUUGCGGAUAAAAUGUGUAUUAGUAUGUGGGCACGGAGAUUGCACAAAUUAGUUCAAGUGAAUGAUUAAUUAGCAAUUGAAUCCCAGCACAGCUGUAUAUAUAGAGUCAGUUUUCACGCACACAGGGUUGGGUGUUCAGUGUGGAGAGAACCGGAGAGAAAUUUGGGAGUAAGCUUUAAAAACAAAUGAUUACAAUUGCUAUUCUUGCUGGUUUGACACCAGCGCGAUACUUGUUUUAUUUAGUAUUUCUCCAGUGUUUGUUUUGGCCAUCGUGCCGUUUUGUGUGCAGUGUUUUGUUUUGUUAAACCUUUUGAUUUAUAAUAAACUGGCACAACAGCGCAUUUACUCACA